AUGCUUGAACGAGUGGAUCCCAAUUUCUUCAUACAAGAAUGCACUUAUGAACAACUUACCAAUGGCAACUGCACGAGUGCUAAUGCGCCGUCCGAUUCCCUCAGCGAGGAUGGACCAGAAGACGCUAUUGUUCAUGGCUCUUGGUACCGGAACUUCACCAUCAAGUGGAUUGUGGGGCCAGGUGUGACUGCAAAGAUAUCUGGAGCUAAUCCAGCUGCGAACCCGAAGGUACAACAAGUCAACGCGCCGUACGGCUUUGCAGAUGAAGAGCUUCUCUACUUUACGGAAGAACCCCAGAUGGCCAUAUUGGACUGUAUCAUGGUCAUCGAAAGAACAUCCGCCAGUGUUACUGUAGCUAGGAGUUCUGGGAACGUUUUGGACUACAGCUUGGUGGCGGACCCACAGCCUGCUCUGGACGCAUGGGAUUACGCCUGGGAUAUCCUCUACCCUAAUCCGACAACCUACCUAGGAAGAGGAAAUGUCAGUUACGGCCAUCUAUUCAUGACGCAGCUCCUCACCGCCCCACACAUCAUCACACCUCACGUAGCACAUUCGUGGCUAUCCUACAACCGCAGCAUCGAAGAAACAGCAAGCGAACGCUUCAACAUUCGCGACCGGGAUCGCGGCCUCAACGUCGACUUCAUGUCCUACGCAAACUGGAACCUUGCCAACAAAGACACCGAAUCCCUGCUAAAUACAACAACGCUAUUGCGACAUUCCGAAAAGACGUUACAAAUCUUCUUCAAGCACUUUAUCAAUACCGGGUCGUCGAGUCUCAGUGGGCGCUGGUCAUCUUCAGGGCCUGAGAGAGCAGCCUACCAGCGAGCCUCUUCGUCGGAGCCUGUGAAUGGGACGUUUACGAAACGGGUUGAAGUUCUUGCUAUGAAUGAGACGGCAACGUGGCUCUCGCUUACCAUACUUAUCCUACUUAUCGUUAUCCUGGUUAUCCUGGUUGUGAGCUUGCAGAUCGUAUAUCCAAGCUCAUGCAUGCAACAUCGCGUCGAGUGCUUGGCAGACGUACUGGCUAUGGUAGCUGGAAGCGAGGGGCUGAUCGGUUUGAUUGAAGAGCAGGGUGUUGACGGCUUUGCGAACAGUGGUAGACUGACUAAAUUGGGUUGGUUCAGAGACGCCCGGGGAGAUGUUAGGUGGGGUGUGGAACUCGUGGAUGCAGAGGGUGUGGAAUGGGUUGACGGACCAGAGAAGGUUACAUCGACUGGACACGAUGAGGAGUCGUCGAUUCAAAGCGGAGAUAUAGACGAUGCGAACAGUGCGCUUUUGGAUAGCGAACGAAGGUCACCUUCCCCACGGCGGUCCGUUCAGGAGCAACAGACAGAGCCGAUGCUGGGACCCAGCGAUGUCGCCAACAACGCAUCGAGGCUAUAA